UUUGGUAUUCACCCUGUGGCUGGCCGUAUGCCUGGUCAGCUGAACGUACUCCUAGCAGAAGCUGGUGUUCCCUAUGAUAUUGUACUGGAAAUGGAUGAGAUCAAUGAAGACUUCCCAGAAACUGACUUGGUCCUUGUAAUUGGUGCAAAUGAUACAGUUAAUUCAGCAGCUCAGGAAGAUCCGAACUCUAUCAUAGCUGGAAUGCCAGUUCUUGAGGUCUGGAAGUCCAAACAGGUCAUUGUAAUGAAGAGAUCCUUGGGAGUCGGUUAUGCAGCGGUGGACAAUCCAAUCUUCUACAAACCCAAUACUGCCAUGUUGUUGGGAGAUGCCAAGAAGACUUGUGAUGCCCUGCAGGCCAAAGUCAGGGAAUCGUAUCAAAGCUAGACACUGAUUUAUGUUCUACUCAUGAUUGCGACUACAGUUUUGUCACAGAGGUCAUGGAAAACGAGUUAGAGGAAUCUCUUACUGUCAUAAUGCAGCUGGCAUUUGGAGAAGACUGCAUUGACUCCUAGGAGACGUAGUUCAGUCAGGAAAUGUAGGCUUUUAUGAAAGGAUGGGCACAUUAGCCCUUCAAACUAAAACUAAAUCUCCCAUGAGGCAAUGCAUUAAAGAAUGAAAAUGUGCUUUUUAAGGUUAACAUUGAGUUGUUAGAAGGAGGAACUAGUAACUCAUGGUCAUCUUUAAGUAGUUACUGGCUUCCUCUUCCUAACUGUCUGUACUUCUGUCAUGGAAAUUCACUAAAAAAUACUGUGCCAAAAUUGUAUUCUGUCUUAUCAUCAAAGCUGUUCUUUGGCCAGUAUGGACAAAACAACUAUUUAUUUCAUCAAAACUUAAAGCAAAAUUACAAACAGAUGCAAAUAGAUGCUUACAUGAUUUGAGAUUC